AUGUUAAGGAAAAACAAAACAUUAAUUUUUAAAUACUUUCUUAAUCUCAUUAAUGGAGCUUUCUUGGUUCUUGGACUUUUACUCAUGGGAUUUGGUGCAUGGCUUUUAUUAGAUAGAAAUAAUUUUUUCACAGCUUUGGAUGAAAAUAAUCACUUGAUAGCAUAUAUUUUUCGAAUUUUGAUUGGAACUGGUUCUGCUUCUGUUCUUCUUUGUCUCUUGGGUUAUUUGGGAAUUCACAAUGAAAUCAGAUGGCUUCUAAUUCUGUAUGCAGUACUGCUAAUGUGGGCCUUUGGUGUUCAAGUUGUACUUUCAGCACUCAUCUUCACAAAGAAAGAGGAGGUUCACCAAAUAUGGCAUGAUAAAAUUGAUUCAGUCAUUUCUGAGUAUGGAUCUAAGGACUUGCCUGAAGACAUACCCAAGUGGACAAUUCUGAAUGCCUUGCAGAAAAGAUUACAGUGUUGUGGCCAAAAAAAUUACACAGAUUGGAUGAAGAAUAAGAAUAAAGAAAAUUCAGAACAGGUGCCAUGUUCUUGCACAAAUUCUACAUUAAGAAAGUGGUUUUGUGAUGAGCCACUGAAUGCAACUUACCUAGAGGGCUGUGAAAAUAAAAUCAACACAUGGUAUCAUACUAAUGCUUUAACAUUAAUUGGAAUUAACUUUGGACUUUUGGCUUCAGAGGUUUUGCAAUUCUCAUUAACCGUUUCCUUCUUCAGACACAUCAAGAAUAGAAUAUACGCAGAAAAGUAA